CUUCCAAUCAAGGCUUGCCAGCAGAAUACCCACACCAAAGUCAGCACGGAGCACAACAAGGAAUGUCUCAUCAACAUUUCCAAGUACAAGUUUUCCCUGGUCAUCAGUGGUCUCACCAAUAUAUUAAAAAAUGUUAAUAACAUGAGAAUAUUUGGAGAAACUGCUGAAAAGAAUUUAUAUCUAUCUCAGCUGAUUAUCUUGGAUACACUGGAAAAAUGUCUGGCAGGGAUUGCAGGAACUGACUGUUUGUUCAGAGGAUAAUGCUGAUGUUCAUGAUAUUGAACUUUUACAGUACAUCAGUGUGGAUUGUUCAAAACUCAAGCGACUCUUGCAAGAGACUGUAUUCAAGUUUAAAGCUCUAAAGAAAGUAGCUCAGUUAGCUGUUAUCAACAGUCUUGAGAAGGCAUUUUGGAACUGGGUGGAAAACUAUCCUGAUGAAUUCACAAAGCUGUACCAAACCCCGCAGACUGACAUGGCUGAUUGUGCUGAGAAGUUGUUUGAUUUAGUGGAUGGCUUUGCUGAAAGCACAAAGCGUAAAGCAGCAGUGUGGCCACUGCAGAUCAUCCUCCUGGUCCUGUGUCCAGAGAUAAUCCAAGAUAUAGCAAAGGAUGUGGUAGAGGAAACUAAAAUGAACAAGAAGCUGUUCCUGGACAAUCUCAGGAAGGCCCUGGCAGGACACAGUGGGAGCAGGCAGCUGACUGAAAGUGCUGCUAUUGCUUGUGUUAAACUGUGCAAAGCAUCUACGUACAUCAACUGGGAAGAUAAUUCUGUCAUUUUCCUGCUAGUGCAGUCCAUGGUAGUAGAUCUUAAGAAUUUGCUGUUUAACCCAAGCAAACCUUUUUCAAGAGGCAAUCAGAAUGCAGAUGUAGACCUGAUGAUUGACUGCUUGGUUUCCUGCUUCCGCAUUAAUCCUCACAAUAACCAACACUUCAAGAUCUGCUUGGCACAGAAUUCCCCAUCAACAUUUCAUUAUGUGCUGGUAAAUUCACUCCACCGAAUCAUCACAAACAGCCUUACAUUUAAGGAGAAAAUGACAAGCCUUAAAUUUAAAGAAAAACCUACUGAUUUGGAAACCAGAAGCUACAAGUUCUUGCUGUUGUCCUUGGUGAAACUGAUCCACGCAGAUCCAAAACUUUUGCUGUGUAACCCCAGGAAGCAGGGCCCCGACUCGCAGGGCAGCACGGCCGAGCUGAUCACGGGGCUGGUGCAGCUGGUGCCGCAGUCCAGCAUGCCCGACAUCGCCCAGGAGGCCAUGGAGGCCUUGCUGGUUCUGCACCAGUUGGAUAGCAUUGACUUGUGGAAUCCUGAUGCUCCUAUAGAAACAUUCUGGGAGAUCAGUUCACAAAUGCUUUUUUAUAUCUGCAAGAAGCUCACAAGUCAUCAGAUGCUCAGCAGUACAGAAAUCCUCAAGUGGCUGCGAGAGAUUCUCAUCUGUAGGAAUAAAUUUCUGCUAAAAAACAAACAAUCAGAUAGGAGUUCCUGCCACUUCCUUUUCCUUUAUGAUGUCUCUGGAAGUGGGACUAGUCAAAUUUCUCUUGACCAUGAGGAAAUGAUGCGCUGUGCACCAGGGGCUACCCUGAGGAAAGCAAAGGGGAAUUCUUCCAUAGAGAGCACUGCCGGCUGCAGCGGAACCCCGAUCUGCCGCCAAGCCCAGACCAAGCUGGAAGUGGCCUUAUACAUGUUCCUGUGGAGCCCCGAUAUCGAGGCAGUCCUGGUGGCCAUGUCCUGCUUCCGUCACCUCUGUGAGGAGGCCGACAUCAGAUGUGGAGUAGAUGAGGUCUCAGUGCAUAAUUUUUUGCCAAACUACAACACUUUCAUGGAGUUUGCAUCUGUGAGCAACAUGAUGUCAACAGGGAGAGCAGCUCUUCAGAAGAGAGUGAUGGCGUUAUUGAGGCGCAUUGAACACCCCACUGCAGGCAACACAGAGGCCUGGGAGGAUACACAUGCAAAAUGGGAACAAGCUACAAAACUAAUCCUUAACUAUCCAAAGACCAAAAUGGAAGACGGGCAGGUGACCGAGAGCCUGCACAAGACGAUCGUGAAGCGGCGCAUGUCGCACGUCAGCGGCGGCGGCUCCAUCGACCUGUCGGACACGGAGUCGCUGCAGGAGUGGAUCAACAUGACGGGGUUCCUGUGUGCCCUGGGCGGGGUGUGCCUGCAGCACCGCAGCAGCGCGGGGCUGGCCACCUACAGCCCCCCCAUGGGCCCCCUCAACGAGCGCAAGGGCUCCAUGAUCUCCAUGGUCUCCACCGAGGGCAGCGUGGAGACCCCGGUCAGCAAAUUCAUCGACCGCCUGCUCACCCUCAUGGUCUGCAACCACGAGAAGGUGGGGCUGCAGAUCCGCACCAACAUCAAAGACCUGGUGGGGCUGGAGCUCAGUCCAGCGCUCUACCCGAUGCUCUUCAACAAACUGAAGAACACCAUCAGCAAGUUCUUUGAUUCCCAAGGACAGGUCUUGUUAACUGACACCAACACACAAUUUGUAGAGCAAACCAUUGCUAUAAUGAAGAAUUUGCUUGACAAUCACACAGAAGGGAGCUCAGAACACCUUGGCCAAGCAAGCAUUGAGACAAUGAUGCUGAAUCUGGUUAGGUAUGUGCGUGUGCUUGGAAAUCUGGUACAUGCCAUUCAAAUAAAAACAAAGCUCUGUCAGUUGGUAGAAGUAAUGAUGGAGAGGAGAGAUGACCUUUCAUUUUGUCAAGAAAUGAAAUUUAGGAACAAAAUGGUGGAAUAUUUGACAGACUGGGUAAUGGGAACUUCUAAUCAAGCAACAGAUGAGGAUGUGAAAUGCUUGACAAGAGAUUUGGACCAGGCAAGUAUGGAAGCAGUGGUCUCUCUUCUUGCUGGGCUUCCACUCCAGCCUGAAGAAGGAGAUGGUGUUGAGUUGAUGGAAGCAAAAUCUCAAUUAUUUCUCAAGCUUGGGCUAUCAUAAAGACCUCCAGACCAGAGCCACCUUCAUGGAAGUCCUCACCAAGAUCCUGCAGCAGGGGACGGAGUUUGAUACCUUGGCAGAAACAGUGCUAGCGGAUCGCUUUGAGAGAUUGGUGGAGCUGGUUACGAUGAUGGGUGAUCAGGGGGAGCUUCCCAUUGCUAUGGCUUUAGCCAAUGUGGUGCCUUGUUCUCAGUGGGAUGAGCUGGCUCGUGUCCUGGUCACACUCUUUGAUUCCCGGCACCUGCUCUACCAGCUCCUCUGGAAUAUGUUCUCAAAGGAGGUCGAGUUGGCAGACUCCAUGCAAACACUCUUCCGAGGAAACAGCUUAGCCAGUAAAAUAAUGACUUUCUGUUUUAAGGUCUAUGGUGCUACGUAUUUGCAGAAGCUGUUGGAACCCUUGCUGCGGACUGUGAUCACAUCCCCUGAGUGGCAGCACGUCAGCUUUGAGGUGGAUCCAACAAGGCUGGAGCCCACAGAGAGCCUUGAAGAGAACCAGAGGAGUCUCUUGCAAAUGACAGACAAGUUUUUUCAGGCAAUCAUUAAUUCCUCCUCGGAGUUCCCACCCCAGCUGCGCAGUGUGUGCCAUUGUUUAUACCAGGCAACUUGCCACUCUCUACUGAAUAAAGCUACCGUAAAAGAAAAAAAGGAAAACAAAAAAUCAGUGGUGAGCCAGCGCUUCCCCCAGAACAGCAUCGGCGCCGUGGGCAGCGCCAUGUUCCUGCGCUUCAUCAACCCCGCCAUCGUGUCCCCGUACGAGGCGGGCAUCCUGGACAAGAAACCGCCGCCCCGCAUCGAGCGCGGCCUCAAGCUCAUGUCCAAGAUCCUUCAGAGCAUUGCCAACCACGUGCUGUUCACGAAGGAGGAGCACAUGCGGCCUUUCAAUGACUUUGUGAAGAGCAAUUUUGACGCGGCGCGCAGGUUCUUCCUGGACAUCGCGUCCGACUGCCCGGCCAGCGACACCGUCAACCACAGCCUGUCGUUCAUCAGCGACGGCAACGUGCUGGCCCUGCACCGCCUGCUCUGGAACAACCAGGAGAAAAUCGGCCAGUACCUGUCCAGCAACAGGGACCACAAGGCUGUUGGACGACGACCUUUUGACAAGAUGGCAACGCUUCUUGCCUACCUGGGGCCUCCUGAGCACAAACCUGUGGCAGAUACACAUUGGUCCAGCUUAAAUCUCACUAGUUCCAAGUUUGAAGAGUUUAUGACAAGGCAUCAGGUGCAUGAGAAAGAGGAGUUCAAAGCACUGAAAACAUUAAAUAUUUUCUACCAAGCUGGGACAUCCAAAGUUGGCAAUCCUGUUUUCUACUACAUCGCUCGGCGGUUCAAGACUGGUCAGAUCAACGGGGAUUUGCUGAUCUACCACGUGCUGCUGACCCUGAAGCCAUACUAUGCAAAGCCAUAUGAAAUUGUGGUGGACCUCACACAUGCUGGCCCCAGUAAUCGCUUUAAAACAGACUUUCUUUCUAAAUGGUUUGUAGUUUUUCCAGGCUUUGCUUAUGAAAAUGUUGCAGCAGUUUUUAUUUAUAACUGUAACUCUUGGGUCAGAGAAUACACCAAAUACCAUGAAAGGCUCUUGACAGGUUUGAAAGGGAGCAAAAGGCUUGUUUUCAUAGACUCUCCAGGGAAGCUGGCAGAGCACAUCGAACACGACCAGCAGAAACUCCCAGCAGCUACCUUGGCUUUGGAGGAGGACUUGAAAGUGUUUCACAAUGCUCUCAAACUGGCUCAUAAAGACACCAAAGUUUCUAUUAAAGUUGGCUCGACCGCGGUGCAGGUGACGUCGGCGGAGCGCACGCGGGUGCUGGGCCAGACCGUGUUCCUCAACGACAUCUACUACGCCUCUGAGAUCGAGGAGAUCUGCCUGGUGGAUGAGAACCAGUUCACGCUGACCAUUGCCAACCAGGGCACCCCGCUGACCUUCAUGCACCAGGAGUGCGAGGCCAUCGUCAGGUCCAUCAUCCACAUCCGCACGCGCUGGGAGCUGUCGCAGCCCGACUCCAUCCCCCAGCACACCAAGAUCCGCCCCAAGGACGUGCCCGGGACGCUGCUCAACAUCGCCCUGCUCAACCUGGGCAGCUCCGACCCCAGCCUGCGGUCUGCUGCCUAUAAUCUUCUAUGUGCCUUAACCUGUACCUUUAAUUUAAAGAUUGAGGGCCAGUUACUGGAAACUUCAGGUCUGUGUAUUCCUGCCAACAACACCCUAUUUAUUGUAUCUAUCAGUAAGACUCUUGCAGCAAAUGAGCCACACCUCACCUUGGAGUUCUUGGAGGAGUGUAUUUCAGGAUUCAGCAAAUCCAGCAUUGAGCUGAAGCACCUGUGCCUGGAGUACAUGACCCCCUGGCUGUCCAACCUGGUGCGCUUCUGCAAGCACAACGACGACGCCAAGCGCCAGCGCGUCACCGCCAUCCUGGACAAGCUCAUCACCAUGACCAUCAACGAGAAGCAGAUGUACCCUUCCAUUCAGGCCAAGAUAUGGGGCAGCCUGGGACAGAUAACAGAUCUCCUGGAUGUAGUAUUGGACAGUUUCAUCAAAACCAGUGCCACAGGGGGCUUGGGCUCCAUCAAAGCUGAGGUGAUGGCAGACACAGCUGUAGCACUGGCUUCUGGCAAUGUCAAACUGGUGUCAAGCAAAGUGAUUGGGAGGAUGUGUAAAAUCAUUGACAAGACCUGUCUGUCCCCCACACCCACGCUGGAGCAGCACCUGAUGUGGGAUGACAUUGCCAUUCUGGCUCGGUACAUGCUCAUGCUCUCCUUCAACAACUCCCUGGACGUGGCUGCACAUCUGCCCUACCUCUUCCACGUGGUGACUCUGCUGGUGGCCACGGGGCCCCUUUCCCUCAGAGCUUCCACUCACGGGCUCGUCAUCAACAUCAUUCACUCCCUUUGCACUUGUUCACAGCUCCACUUCAGUGAGGAGACCAAGCAAGUUUUAAGGCUGAGCUUGACUGAGUUCUCCCUGCCCAAGUUUUAUUUGCUGUUUGGGAUCAGCAAAGUGAAGUCGGCGGCGGUGAUCGCGUUCCGCUCCAGCUACCGCGACCGCUCCUUCUCGCCCGGCUCCUACGAGCGAGAGACCUUCGCCCUCAGCUUGUAUGAGGGAUAUUCCAACAUGCAAGUGGCUGGACCAGUGGACUGAACUAGCUCAAAAGUUUGCAUUCCAGUACAACCCCUCCCUGCAGCCAAGAGCACUGGUUGUCUUUGGCUGUAUAAGUAAACGAGUGUCUCAUGGACAAAUAAAACAAAUAAUCCGAAUUCUCAGCAAGGGACUUGAGAGCUGUUUAAAAGGCCCUGAUAAUUAUAAUAGCCAAGUUCUAAUAGAAGCCACAGUUAUAGCCCUCACCAAGCUGCAGCCUCUUCUUAACAAGGACUCCCCUAUGCACAAGGCUCUGUUCUGGGUGGCCAUGGCCGUGCUGCAGCUGGAUGAGGUGAACCUGUACUCGGCAGGGACAGCCCUGCUGGAGCAGAACCUGCACACCCUGGACAGCCUGCGCGUGUUCAACGACAAGAGCCCAGAAGAAGUGUUCAUGGAGAUCAGGAGACCACUCGAAUGGCACUGCAAACAGAUGGAUCAUUUUGUUGGGCUAAAUUUCAACUCCAACUUUAACUUUGCACUAGUGGGACAUCUCCUGAAAGGGUACAGGCAUCCUUCCCCUACCACUGUAGCAAGAACAGUGAGGAUUUUGCACACACUCCUUGCUCUGGUUAACAAACACAGGAACUGUGACAAGUUCGAGGUGAACACCCAGAGCGUGGCUUACCUGGCAGCCCUGCUGACGGUGUCGGAGGAGGUGCGGAGCCGCUGCAGCCUCAAGCACAGGAAGUCUCUCUUGCUGACAGACGUGUCAAUGGAAAAUGUUCCCAUGGACACAUUCCCCAUCCAUCACAGUGACACUAGCUAUAGGACACUAAAGGAACACCAGCCCUGGUCAUCCCCCAAGGGGUCAGACAGACACCUGGCUGCCAGUUACCCGACAGUGGGACAGAUCAGCCCUCGCACCCGGAAAUCCAUGAGCUUGGACAUGGGGCAGCCUUCACAAGCCAACACUAAAAAGCUUCUAGGUACAAGGAAAAGUUUUGACCAUUUGAUAUCGGACACAAAGGCUCCUAAAAGGCAAGACAUGGAAUCUGGAAUCACAACGCCUCCCAAAAUGAGGAGAGUAGCCGAAAAUGAUUAUGAAAUGGAAACCCAGAGAAUAUCACCACAGCAGCACCCACACCUCCGGAAAGUUUCUGUUUCCGAGUCAAACGUCCUCCUGGAUGAAGAAGUUCUGACUGACCCAAAAACUCAAGCUCUGCUGCUUACAGUUCUUGCCACGCUGGUGAAAUACACCACGGACGAGUUCGACCAGCGCAUCCUCUACGAGUAUCUAGCAGAGGCCAGCGUUGUCUUCCCAAAGGUCUUUCCUGUUGUGCAUAAUUUAUUGGAUUCCAAGAUCAAUACCCUUUUAUCGCUGUGCCAGGACCCAAACUUGUUGAAUCCAAUUCAUGGGAUUGUGCAGAGUGUUGUGUACCAUGAGGAGUCUCCACCCCAAUACCAAACAUCCUAUCUACAGAGUUUUGGAUUUAAUGGGCUGUGGAGGUUUGCUGGCCCCUUCUCCAAGCAAACCCAAAUCCCAGACUAUGCAGAACUCAUCGUAAAGUUCCUGGAUGCGUUGAUUGACAUCUAUUUGCCUGGAAUUGAUGAGGAAACCAGUGAAGAAUCUCUCCUGACCCCCACCUCUCCAUAUCCUCCAGCGGUGCAGAGCCAGCUCAGCAUCACUGCAAACCUCAAUCUCUCCAACUCCAUGACCUCACUUGCCACUUCCCAGCACUCCCCAGGGAUCGACAAGGAGAACGUGGAGCUCUCGCCCACCGCCGGCCACGCCAACAGCGGGAGGAUGCGCCACGGCUCCGCCAGCCAAGUGCAGAAGCAGCGAAGCGCCGGCAGCUUCAAGCGUCACAGCAUCAAAAAGAUCGUGUGAUUGUCGCUUUUUAAUUUUAUUUUUUUAUUUUCGGACCUGACUGACACGCGCGGCCCCUCGCGAAGGGCCCUCCACCGGGUGUGAUGCUGCACUUGACCUGUACAGUUCCCAUCCAGCCGCGUUGCCAGAUGAUCAACUCCUGACCCACUGCCUGAGUUAACGCCUUCCUUCAUCCCCCUGCCGGGCUCCAGCCGUGUUCAGAGCCACGCCUGUGCCCCGGGCCAGGCUGCAGUUCGGUAGCGCUGCAGAGCCGCGUCCUGUUCCAGUCCAAAGCCAUUCCCCAGCCCUGCCAUGUCUGCUCUGGCCUCAGGUGUUCCUGCUAAGGGAAGUGUUGAUCCUUAACCCCGUUUGCACGCCUCAAGGUAAUAGUGGCUUCCUGAGCCAGGGAAGUUUCUCUAACCCUGGUUUUAAUCCAAACUAUAAGAUUUUA